AUGAAGAUACUAUUCUUGAUAGUCUUCUUCUCAGUUGUCCAUGCCUCCUGGACACCUGUGAAUUUUGAUAAGAACAUUUCAAAGUACUUUGGAGUGUGGUAUGUAAAUGCCUGGACCGGAAACGUGGACAUUCCUGAAGAUAAGAGGCAUCAGAAAAUACCUCCCUUCAUUGUCAGAGCUCUUCCUAAUGGUAAAUUGGAGGCCAGAUUGACUCUUAAAAAGAAUGGCCGAUGUGAAGAAAUUAAGUUAACUCUAGAGAAAACAAAGGAACCCGGGAAAAUGACCACCUGGGGAAGGCAGAUUGUUGGGAUACUGAGUUUAAGAAUAGAAGACCAAAUCAUCGUAUAUAUAGAAAGCAAGAUGAAUGGGAAGAACGUCAUUAUGAUGGAACUCGCAGGUCGAAAUGUAGCUGCUCAUCCUGAAGCUAUGAAGGUAUUUAAACAGUUUGUCCGGAGCAAAGGACAAGAUGAGACAAAGAUCAUCGUCCCUGAAUUGGAGGGUAACAAAGAUGGAUUUUCUAAUUUCUCUUGA